AUGGAAACGAAAGAAAAACUCUCCGAUAUGUUAGUCAUGGACUCCAAGGACAUCAACUUCCAUGGUGGAAAGAGCUCAGAUGAGGAAGAUGCUGCGGAGGAUUUCAGCGAUGACACUGUUUAUGCUGACUCAAAGAUAAUUGUUGAAGAAGAUGACCAUGCCAUUAAUGGUUUGCAAAAAAACCAUACCACAUUGAAGGAACAAGAAAUUCUCAGACUCCUAGAGGAUGAUAUUUCAAACGUUUCAGCUACCCUUUUUAUAUCAAAGGCUUCAGCAUGCACUCUACUUUGUCACUAUAAUUGGAAUAUUUCCAAGGUUUAUGACCAUUGGUUUUCUGACGUAGAAAGAGUUAGGGAAAAGGUCGGUUUUCUUGAAAAGCCAGUGGUUGAAUCCAAACCCUCUGGUACAACUUCUUGCGGACUCUGUUUAAAGCACUAUAAUGACAUUAUUUACUCUGCUUCUUGUGGGCAUUCUUUUUGUGAAGAAUGUUGGGCAGCUUAUAUCCGAAUGUCAAUCGACCAAGGCCCUGCAUGUCUGACGUUGAGAUGUCCACGCUCAUCUUGCAAUGCAGCAGUUGAUCGCGAUAUGAUCAAUGCACUGGCUUCACAAGAAGAAAAAGAUAAGUAUUCCAACUAUCUCUUUACAUCAUAUAUUGAGAAUAAUGAUAAUCUCAAGUGGUCUCCUGUUCGAUGCUGCAACUCUGUUGUUAGUGAUGGGAGCAAUGAGAGUUAUGAUGUUUCUUGUCCCUGCUCCGAUGGUUAUUGUUUAAACUGUUGCAUUGAGAUUCACCAUCCAGCCAACUGCGAAACUGCGAUGAGAUGGAUUUUGGAGAUGAACAAUAAGGCCGAAAUUACAGAGAGGAUAUGUUUUCCUUUAAAAGAACCUUGUUACGGUUGCAGAGAACCAAUUGGACAAAUCGAAAAAGAAUUUGGAUGUAAGAUGAUUACGUGCAGGCCGCAUUGUCAGUAUUUCUGUUGCUCAAAAUGUUCCAAGAGACGUCAUGAUUGUGCUUGUAACUCGGAUCAUGACAAGGUCAAAGAGAGAUAUAUCCAUUGUUGUGAAGGAUGGAAAAGAAAUAAAUAUUUGAAGGAAAAAGCUAUUAAGAAUUUACAUCAAUUGCGGACCAGAAAACUGGAAGAGCUAAGUGAGAUACAGUGUCAACCAGAGAUUAUGGUAAGGUUUAUAGCAGAGGCAUGGCAAGCAAUAAUUGAAUGUAGAACGGUGCUUCAGUGGACUUACACGUAUGGCUACUAUCUACAUGAGAAUGAAGAGGGGCAUCUCAAGAAGCAGCUUUUCGAGUUCUUGCUGGGGCAAGCGGAAUUGAAUCUGGAGAAAUUUCAUGGAUGUGCUGCAAAAGGACUACAAGACUUGCUCACUAUUGUUCUCUCAUCAAAACAUUUCAAUGAUUUCCGUGCAAAGCUGGUUGAUCUCACCAAAGUCACUAAAAAUUACGUCAAGGAACUAGUUUCAGCUUGGAAGGAGUAG